AUGGACACGAUAGCCGACGCUGACUUAUUGACGUUGAACCUACCAAUGGACUUCCUCCCUGGUACCGAUAAAGCCAGUAAAAUGAUUCUAAAACAUCAAUUUGCUAUUGAUAUCAUAACCAAGGGUUUAAUAAAUGCCCCUGAAGGAACGUACAAUGUUGCCGAUGCAGACUGGAACGAAUCAAGAUCGGAUGUCCUUUAUACAACGCGUCUUGGUGCAAGCCAAUUACCGCCGAUCUUGAUUGAAGUACAAAAUGUGGUAAACACCGCAUUUUUACAGUGCGUGAUUAGCUAUGCUUUGAAUGUCAUCAAAAUGCAUGGUGGAUUGCCAAUCAUCUUAAUAUUUGGCAUUGGUUCCUCAGCCAAAUGCAGCCUUGUCAAUUUCUCGCCAGCAACAACAGCAAAGUCUUGGAUUCACUCAAUGCCAUGCAACGUUUGGGCAAAAUCAUGCAACCUUAUAUCCAAAGAAACGAUAAGCAGCUUUGAUUACGAUGCACCUUUAGAUCCACUCCUUGCAUUAUCGCUCUUUUUCACCGAACAGCAACCUUCAUUAUACACCCAUAGCCAUCACAAAGACCCCACCAUCAUCGCCUUGUACAAGAUAGCACACUCUCUCAUGGAUUCAGGCCUGAACAUAGAAUCGAACUUCACCUCCACCGUUAGCAACAUUUGCUCGACCAACGAACGUUUAUUUCAAAAGCUACAGGAACAUGUGGAUGGUUUACCCAAGGCAAAGAAGAUCGUUGACAAAGGGAUUGAAUACAAUUCAAAGCUAAAACGAAGAUACAAUGACGAGGAUAGCUCUUGUUCAGAGGAGCUAGAAUACCCUGAUAAACUCCCAUUGAAGCUUCAAACGGCCUCUCGAUCCACCGCCAUGUCCGAAUCAGACUUUAGUUUUAUCAACAAGUUCAAAGGCUCCAGCAAGGGCAGAAUGAAUUGGGCAGCAUGCUUAACUCUUGGACAUAACGAAAAGCUUUUAGAGAAUUAUAGUACCCCUGCAAGUCUAAAGGUGAGUUAUAGCCGAGCCAAAAAAGUUCUUAAAACCAACCACAAUAAAUGA